AUGGCUUAUAAUCGUGCCUACACCCUUCUCCUCGCCACCAUGCUCGUCCUCGCCGGUUCGGGCCCACCGACCCAGGCCCAAGAUAUAUUGUUAUCGGGCGAGCUCUGCUGCACGCCCACCGGAAACUGCCCCGGACAGGGUGUUCCUGGAGUCCUCGUUAGCCUCAACUGCACGAAUACCCUCGGUGGUGGGACCAUCGCAGUUAGUCAAACCAGGACAAGCAUUAACGGGACGUUUAACGCUACUGUUCCUGUUUUGACCAAUCUUCUUCAGGGUAUGCCUGUUAAUUUCACGUGCCUUGCAGGUGUUCGGCUCCCGCUCAACUCUACGCUUUGCCCCGUGCUUUCCACCACUAACGGCACGCUUGUUGCCACCGGUAACAUUGUUGGGAGGGUUCCUAAUGCGACAUCCACUUUGAUUGGGUGUAUAGUCUUCCGCCGAUUUAUACAAGUACUCGUGUGA